AUGAGCCGUCACCUCAACCGGUCCGCUCGGAACACGUGUGCACCGUUAUCGAUCGACCGCAGACCCUUCGUCGAGGACCGCUCUGAAGCUCGCGAAUUACGCGUAUAUUCCUCAAAUAAAAACAAUUUAUAUUGUUGUAUUAUAUCGCAUCAUUACCGUGUCUCAGUCUUACCGGAAACCAAUUUCAACGAUUUGAACUGCACUGCAGCAGCACGGGCUGAAAAACAUUUGGCCGCGGUUCUCGGCGAGAUUCGUUUAGGAAAAAAUACGAUCUUCCGUCCUCGUUUAGCCAAAACCCUACGACGAUUUCAAGUUUCGUUUCACGUCAUCAAAUCGGAGCUUAUAUAG